CCUCCCUUUAUAAACCAAGCCCAUCAGCUCCUCGUCUGUGUCCUUAACAACAGUUUCUCUCUCUCACAAUCUCAACCGUCUGUGUGAAUUGUCAAUGUUAAGAUUCAGUUAGGGUUGUUUUUUUGGUUGAAAAUUCGAAGUAUGAAUCGGGUUUUAGAGACCGAUCGGAUCAAGGGGCCGUGGAGUCCUGAAGAGGACCAGCUGUUGCACCAACUCGUGCAAUGUAACGGCGCGAGGAACUGGUCCCUUAUAUCCAAAUCGAUUCCGGGCCGGUCCGGGAAAUCUUGCCGGCUGCGGUGGUGCAAUCAGCUAUCCCCCGAGGUCCAGCACCGUCCCUUCACCUCCGACGAGGACGAGAUCAUCAUGCAAGCGCAUGCUACGUUCGGCAACAAGUGGGCGACCAUAGCGAGACUCUUGAACGGCCGUACGGAUAACUCCGUAAAAAACCACUGGAACUCAACGUUGAAACGGAAGUACGCGAUGAUAACCACGGAGGAUGAUAACGACGAUAUCAACGAAAGAGGAAGAGAUAGUUUUUAUCCAGAGAAGAAAAGAUCUGCGCCUGGUUCGUUUUCUGGUAAUUCAUCGAGUCCGUCUGGAUCCGACGUGAGCGAUUCUGGUCUACCGGCGAUGUCUAGUUCGGAUAUGUGUGGGUCUGUUGGGACGUUUGUUGAAACCGAGAAUGGAAGCGAUAAAAACAUCAAUAAUAAUGGUGAUGUUGCGUUCAAUGUAUCGACUGAACUUACUUUGAACUUACCUGGUAAUGAAUCGAACGAUUUGACUCAGUGCUGGGUACCAAGGGAGGUUUCACAGAAGGAAGAGAGUAGCACUGAUUACAAUAAUAAAACGAGGGUAGUUUGGCCGGAGUUGAUGGCUUUGAUGCAAGAAAUGAUAAGGAAAGAAGUGAGGAAUUAUAUGGAAGAGGCAGUGACUAAUAAUGGGAUUAAGGGGUGACUUAAUGGAAAUUUGGGUAACUGAAAAAACAAAUUAAAAUUGCCGCCUUUAAAAAAAGUUCAAGAGAUAGAGAGCUGAAGGUAAUGCAUUUGAAUUGAAAUUUCAGGAGAAAACGUAUCGGUUUUCUGUUUUCUUUUAUGGCAAAUUCAUAUCCCCGCUGCCGAUUUUCUAAUUGUUUUAAACUGAUGGAAAUCAUAAAGCCUUUUGUACUUUUUGCCUUUUAUUUUAUUUUUAUGAGUUUAAUAUAUGCUUUUACAAGUGUUAUAUUUUA